AUGUCCGCAAUCCCUCAAACUACCGUCGCAGGACAUAAAGUUGGAAGGGUAGGUUAUGGUUUAAUGCAACUUACAUGGACACCUAAACCACCUACUGAAGAAGUCAGCUUUGCAGCUAUGAAAGCUGCAGCUGAUUCCGGAGCUACAUGUUGGUCAACUGCUACUUUCUAUGGACCUGAAUUUGCCAAUAUCAAAUUAAUCUCAAAAUUCUUCCAGAAAUAUCCUGAAUACAAGGAUAAGAUCACUUUGGUAGUUAAAGGUGGUGCUGAUUACACUACUAUACAACCUAAAGGUGAUGAUGUCGAAUUUCUUCGAUCCGAUAUCAAGCAAACCCAAGAUAUUCUAGGCGACAAGAAAAUUGACGUAUAUAGCUUAGCUAGAUUACCUGAAGAACCAGUCGAAAAGGUUUUCCAAACCCUUGAAUCAUUGAGAAAAGAAGGUUUAUUCGGAGCUGUAGGAGCUAGUGAGAUGGGUGUUGAAAGUUUGACUAAAGCUCAAGAGGUAACUCAAAUAGCAAUUAUCGAAAUUGAAGUUUCAUUAUUUUCAUUCGAAAAAGCCAUUCGAGAUGUAGUCAAAUGGUCAUCCGAUAACAAAGUACCAAUAUUCGCUUAUUCACCAUUAGGAAGAGGAUUUUUAACUCGAACUUAUAAAUCUCCUGAAGAUAUUCCUGAAGGUGAUUUCAAAAAGAUGGUUCCUCGAUUCCAAGGUGAAGCAUUCUAUGAAAAUUUGAAAUUGGUCGAUAGAUUAGAUGAGAUCGCAUCUAAGAAAGGUGUUAAUACCAGUCAAUUGGCCUUGGCUUGGAUCGUCGGUUUAUCAGAUUAUACAAUCCCUAUUCCUGGUUCAUCAAAAGUUGAAAGAACUCAAGAAAACACUUCUUCGGCGAAUAUCAAACUUACUUCAGAAGAAAAUAAGAUUAUUGGUGAAAUCCUCGAUUCAUUUGAAAUUAAAGGUACCCGAUACCCAGCUCCUGCAAUGGGUCACCUUAUGAAAUAA